AUGGCCAAGAAGAAACCUUCAAAGGCCUCGAAGAAAGGUGCUUCGACGUCUAGUAUCAAUCAAAAAUAUUGGAGCAAUUACAGCAUCGACAAGUUGAUCCAGCAAUGCAAGUCACGUCAGAUCGCUGUCCCGGCCCAGAAGUUAAAGAGGCAAGAGUAUGUCGACAAGAUCGAAGAGAGUCUGGUAAGGUUUGGCGACAACGGCCCUAGGGACUGGAACAAGCUCACAGUCGAGGAUCUCAAGCACGAAUGCAGCCUCCGUAACAUUGAUACCACCGGUCUGAAGAAGCAAGGUCUCCUUGAGAAGCUUGACAAGGGCAAUGCAAAGAAUGGCGGCAAAGAGCCAACCGGUCCUCGACAGACGACCACCCAGACAUCGAAUGAUCAGCAGACCCAAGAAAUCCCGUCGGCAAACGCAGAUAGAGACUACGACCACUGGGACUACAGGACUCGUCUUUUGCCGGCAUGGAAGACGCUUGGUAUCAAGAGCAGGAAGGCCGUUGAUAUCAUCCAAGCGCUCAAAGACCGCGACAAGAAAGAAUCGGCCCAAGGCGGAAGGAACCCAGAGCAGCCGACAGGAGCGCCAGAGCCGCCACCGGGAACGCCAGAACAGGCUGCUGGCAACGAGACACACCCAGCUGCACCAGGCACCUCUCCAGGACAGGCUGGCGGACAACAUGGCGCUACUGCGGAGGGAACGCUCGCGAGUCCCACAAGUUCUACAGGGUCAGCUUUUCAUAGAGAGUCUGCACCACCAGAUCCCACCAGACCAGUGAAGACGCCUGUGGAAGCGCUGGAAGCAGCCAGAUCCGAUAUUGUCUCACAAUCCCACGGCAUCGGAAUCAGCAAUCCCUCGCAUCUGUGCUACCGCAAUGUCCUGUUCAUCAUGUUGCUGCACUGCAAUCGGCUUCUGUCCUGGAUUGAACACAGACAUAUUCCGAACUUGGAAGGAGCGGGACUCGUCCUUCAGAUCAAGCAUCAACGGGAUGCUUGGGGUGAGGACGGGAGACCGUACACCGACAUCUGGUGCGAGUUCCUGCAAUUAGCCAACGUCUACUGGCGCGGCGACGGCACCGAUCAAAGCACGAUUGACGAAGCGAUGAGAAGGUUCUGGGCAUAUCUCACCAGUGAUACCCGACAACUCGAAGUCGGAGAGGAGCCCAAUAAUUAUACAUGCCCGUUCAAGGACGAGACCAGGGAACAUGACGUCCCUCAGCUCUUCGAAUGGCUGGUAGACCUCAGCGUCCGGCAAUUGGACAGUUAUUUGACUUGGUGGGGUUACGAGACGACAUGGAGCGAAGCGAUCCUGAACAGGAACGUGAAAGAACUCAUGACCGUCUAUCAAUCGGUGCAUAACCCGUGUUCGCAGCGGCGCCGUGUCAAACACCGCAAAUCGAAGCUCGAAGAAGGCCAGAUGCUGCGUGUCGAGAUACCGCCAGCACGCGCGCGUGGUGGGCAGCCGAAUCUGACGUUGGUGCAGUGUCUUGAGCACGGCGAGAACUUCGAAAUGGACCCUUGCACUUGUGCGCCCAUAUCACCCCGCGAGAAUAUCGGCGACGACACCGUCGAGGCCAACCAGACACCAAGGCGUGCCUGGAGUAAGAUGUGGUACACGCCUGAAGUGUUGUUUGUGCAGCUCAAGCGCUUCAAGGUGCGGACCGCUCCCAACGGCGGGGUUCGCUUUGACAGACACGGCAACGUGAUUUAUGAAAAGGACCAGAGCCGAAUUGAGAUCCCCGAGGAACUCGACCUGGCGCCUUUCCUCGAGGAGAAGGGUCAAGCUGGCGAUUUGUCCACGAAGUACACGCUUGUGGGCAUCGUCAGUCACCAGGGAUCGCGUGAUGGGGGCCACUACAUCACCAACGUGCGCAGGGGCGACGAUUGGCAGGAGUUCGACGAUGACAGGGUCAAGAAGACGUCUCUCAAGGCCGUCAUGGACCAAAAGCGCCGGUUUACUCCCUACGUCCUGCUGUACGAGAGGAUUCCAGAGGAUAGCCAGCGUGGUGGCGUCGAUGUUAAUGCACAAAGCAACGCCGACGGCAGCGAGCACGACGACGCCAAUGGCAAUUCUAGAGCUGGUCCCAGUGCCCGUGGUGACGGUCGAGCGCGAAACACGCGCAACACGAGGGCACACAACGCCGCCAACCGCGUCGCUAAGGCCAGCAACGGGGGCAACAAACUGAACCGAGUGGCCAGCAACAACAAUCGCCGAGGGGGCAACCAUCCCGCAGCUAGAGAAGCGCUCCAAGCCAAACCUUCUCUCUUCACAUCGCCAUACGUGCAAGGUAUGCUCGGCGCAGUCUUCAACAAGCUCGAGAAGUACUUUCGCAAGGAAAUCCGAGACGAGCUCGUCGCCCUUCAAGAGGCGGAAGAACAUUAUCGGGAAGCCAAUACCCGGGACGUCCUCAUGGAUUACUUUAUCCGCAGAGAGGCCGACAUGCUGGCGACGCAACAAGAGCAAGCCGGCCAGAUUGACAGUCUGGAGUCCUACGUCGCGAGUCUGGAGGAGCGGCACUCCGAGCUGGUAAGCUUUGUCAACCACGUCGACCCGGCCGCGCUCACCGCGUUUGCACGCAAGAGACGCCGUGAAGAGGUCUACGAUGGCGAUGGCGACUUGGGCAAUGGUUGGAUUCCGCCCAGCAAGAGGUCCAAGCGUAACAGGGGGCAUACCUCCAGCAUGGACGUCGUAGUGGAUAGUGACUAUGACACCGCCGGCAUGUUUACAUCUGAAGGGCUUCGAGACAAAAUUCAGCACACACACGGUGCAUACGGCUCCAACGGCCGUCUUCAGGCGACACACGAUGAGAUCCACGAUGCGGACACCGAGCUCCCUGACUACGUCACAUCCGAGGAGGAGGAGGGAGAGGCGGAGAUUGUCGAUGAGACUGACUCCCAGAGCGCGUCCAUGUCCAUAUCAUUGUCCGGACACGAGGAUGCGCACGGGUCUGGAGACGAAACCCAAGAUGAAACAGCCGCAGCACCCCAGGCACAAAUUGACGCCACACUCCUCGAAGAAGACCACCCCGCCAGCCUCGCGGACGUGGAGAUCGACUACGCGCUGCUCAUGCAGGAAUGCGACGUCGCCAAGCGUGCCUUUGCCGACGACUACGCUGCCGAACAUAAUAUCAUUCGCGGCCAGGGGCCGUGGAGCUGGAUGGGACCCCAACAUCAGCAGCACUUCGAAGCGCAACUGGCGGAGUUUCUAGUCGAUUGGCAAGAGAGGGCGUACGACAGAGUAAUAAAGGAGGGGGAGGAGGCAGAUCGGCGGAGGAACCAGCUCGACACAGAGGGGAUGGCCAUGCCCACGUACACGCCAAGGUCGCCUCGCCAUGUCGCCGAGACAGGCCCGGCCUACUCGUACUCAUACUCAUACUCCUACCCUCACCCCUACGCCUACCACGACUCGUCCUGGCGCCCGUACACGCCAGUCCACACGGACGACUCGCCAAGUCGGCGGUUCUACUCUAUCGGCAAGACUUCUCGAUCCCAUGGUAAGCCCGAUCUCGAUUGCGAUUCCAAAUCAAGAGCUACCCCUGGCGCCAGAGGUCAUGGUCAAGGUCUCAAUACGACGAGUAUGGGUAAGGCGAGCCCUACGGACGGGCGAUCCUCCGCGAAGACGACACUCAAGCACAGUCCGCAAAGCACUCGCACCCGCAGUCGGUAUCACAGUCGGAUCCUAACCCCGCCUGUGUCGCCCCGAUUUCGCCCUUGGCGCCUACCCAGCCCUAAGCCCGGUGCGCCGGCCUGGGAGCCCGCCACGCCGGAGGACCAAAAUACGUGGUACACGCCACCGCCGCCUCGACGCCGAUCUCCUCGCGGCUUAUCUGAGCGCGAGAAGUCGUCCUUACUGCGAAAGGGACGGACCCCUGGUUUAGGAUACGGUGAGCGAAAUGAGACAUGGCGGUUCGGUCCGCAGUUUGGGCGGAGUGAUCUGACGCGUGUGGAUUGGCCUUGGGCCAAGCGCGAACAGGCCCUGGGUGGGACAACGACGGCAAUGGGGCCGGCGGAGGCGGACUGGUGGUAG